UUUGUUGCAAAGUCAGAGAGGGAGAAGUGAUGUGGUGAGGAGUUACGUUUUGCAGGGGUUGUGAUAUAUUGAGGUAAUACUUUGCACUUGGGCUACAAAAUGAGCUCCAUCGGAACUGGGUAUGACUUGUCUGCCUCGACCUUCUCACCUGAUGGUAGAGUGUUCCAGGUUGAGUAUGCAAUGAAAGCAGUCGAAAACAGCAGCACAGCCAUUGGAAUCCGGUGCAAGGAUGGCAUUGUGUUUGGUGUUGAGAAGCUAGUCCUCUCAAAACUAUAUGAACAGGGAUCCAACAAGCGCAUAUUCAACAUUGACCGUCAUGUUGGAAUGGCUGUGGCAGGGCUCUUGGCAGACGCUCGCUCUCUCGCUGAAGUGGCUCGGGAAGAGGCUGCUAACUUCCGCUCCAACUACGGUCAUGACAUCCCCCUGAAACAUCUUUCAGACAGAGUGGCCAUGUAUGUCCAUGCUUACACGUUAUACAGCGCUGUGCGUCCAUUUGGCUGCAGUUUUAUCCUGGGAUCAUAUGAUGAAGAUGAUGGCCCACAGCUGUACAUGGUAGACCCAUCAGGGAUUUCAUACGGUUACUGGGGUUGUGCCAUUGGAAAGGCCAAGCAGGCAGCCAAGACAGAAAUUGAAAAACUUCAGAUGAAAGACAUGACCUGCCGGGAGUUGGUGAAGGAGGUGGCCAAAAUAAUCUACAUUGUACAUGAUGAGGUCAAAGACAAAUCAUUUGAGUUGGAGCUCAGCUGGGUAGGAGAAGUGACAAAAGGAAGACAUGAAGUGGUCCCCAAAGACAUUAGAGAAGAGGCAGAGAAGUAUGCUAAGGAUGCCUUGGAAGAAGAGGACGACUCUGAUGAGGACAACAUGUAAAAGCCUGUUUGGCCCGGCAGCAACACGUGCAUUUGCCCCUCUGACUACUGUCAUACCCACUAUUCUCCCUGUCCUCACCAGACGACCCCAGAUGUACAAGGCAGAUAUUUCUUUUUUUUGUAUGUUUUUUUAAGCGCAUUGGACCAUUACAUUCAUGUGUUUCUUUUCUUUAAAUUCUGUACAAUGGAUUUUGGACAGCAUAUAAAAAUUGUCAGAAAACA